AAGAAAUAAUUCAACGCGGACACACAGUCACAGCUUCGACUAUCCUUUUCCCUCUCUUUGCUCGAACAACAAUUAACUUUUAGGAUUGUGAUUUGAAUUGUUAAUUUUUCUCUAAAUUUCUAUUCGUAAUUUGUGAAAUACCCUAUCUGAGUUCCCCUUUCGAUUCAGCAAUCUCUUGCUCUAUUUUGGUUUAAUAAGCUUGUCAAUACGCACGUGCUGAUUUGGACCUUCCUCGAUCGUCACCGGCCUUGUCGUCGUCGUCGAUCCCGGUGCUCAAUCUGUUCGUUUUCUCUCUCAAGGUUUCGCUAGGGUUUUAAGGGGAACCUAGAAGUGAAAUAGUAGGAGAAGCAUGAAUGGGAUAGUAGUUUGGAGUAAGGUUUCAUGAAUGUGCAGGCGCAUAUGUCAGGGCAGAUAUCCGGCCAGGUCACCAAUCAGCCUGGCUUGCCCCAGCAGAAUGUCAAUGCCCAGAUGCCGAAUUUUGCCGCUGCUGCUGGUGGCAGUGGCGCUGGGGGUGUUCCUGUUGGAGGUCCUCAAAAUAAUUUGCUCAAUAUGGGCCCCGAGAUCAUCCGAGCUCGUGAAGGCAUGAGAGAGAGGAUAUUUGAGAUGGUUGAACGUCGGCAGCCACAGCCUUUUAAUGAGGCACAAAAGCAGAGGUUUAUAGAUGUUGCAAAACGCAUAGAGGAGGGCUUAUUUAAAACCGCUCUUACAAAGGAAGAAUAUUUGAAUCUUCGAACGUUAGAGAGCCGUAUGGCUACUUUGCUCAAGAGGCCACAUGCAAGUAGCCAUAACCAGCGAUAUCCACAGCUAGUUAAUUCCUCAUGCUCCUCCAAUUCCAUUGGCACUAUGAUACCAACCCCUGGACUGUCACAUGCGGGAAACUCAAAUUUGAUGGUCAGCUCUGCUGUAGAUACUUCAAUGAUUGCUGCCAGUGUUAGCGAUAGCAUGCCACCUACAGCUGUCAAUGCUGGAAGCAUGUUGCCAGCUGGUGGAUUGCAUGGUGGCUCGUUUAAUAGAUCUGAUGGAUUUUUUGCAAAUGGAUAUCAGCAAUUGCCUGCCAAUUUCUCCAUCGGCUCUGGAGGAAACAUGUCAUCAGUCGGUUUGCAAAGAAUGGCAAGCCAAAUGAUUCCCACUCCUGGAUUUAAUAGCAACAAUAAUCAGUCUUACGUGAAUAUGGAGUCUUCUAACAAUGGUGGCGGCUUUUCAACUGUUGAAUCUACAAUGGUCACACAGCCGCAGCAGCAAAAGCAGUAUGUUGGGGGUCAAAAUAGCCGUAUAUUGCAGAACCUUGGUAGCCAAAUGGGUAGUGGUAUUAGGUCAGGCUUGCAGCAGAAACCUUAUGGGCCGUUGAAUGGGGCUUUAACUGGUGGACUGGGGAUGAUUGGGGGUAAUAUACAACUUGUGAAUGAAUCUGGAACGUCUGAGGGAUAUCCGGCCGCUACGCCAUAUGCUAAUUCACCUAAAACCUUGCAACACCAAUUUGAUCACCAUCAGCGAGCAGUGAUGCAGGGUGAUGGAUAUGGAAUGAGCAAUGCUGAUUCCUUUGGGUCUGGAAACUUCUAUGGUGCCGUAACAUCUGUUGGAUCCAUGAUGAAUAGUCAGAACUUGGGUUCAAUGUCUAUGCCCAAAACCAACUCUUCCAUGAUGAGUAAUCAGUCAAAUUUACAUAGUGCACACCAGGCUCUACCUGUGAAACGGGAGCCCAUUGAUCAAUCUGAAAAGAUGAGUUUCCAGUCUUCAAGACUCUUACAAUCUAAUGAACAACACCAGUUUCAGCAGCAGCCUCAUCAGUUUCAACAACAGCAGCAAUUUGUCCAAAAACAACAAAAGCAGCAAAAGCAGCAGCUACAGAAUUUGUUAAAUAAUGAUAUCUAUGGUCAGUCUCAGCUGCCAUCGAAUCUUUGCCGUCAGGUGAAGCAUGAGCCCGGAGUGGAGCACCAGAAUGGAGCUCUGCAAUCUCAAUCCUCUGAGCAUCUCCAACUCUAUGCGUUACAGAACCAAUUCCAGCAAAAUUCUGCUGAAGAUCGCUUAAGGGAUUCUCAACAAUUCUCUGUUCCAUCUGACCAGCAUGAUAUCCACUCAUCACUAUCGCAAAACUCCCAUCAAAUGCAACAAAUGUUGCACCCACAUCAGUUAGUUUCUGAGUCUCAAACUGAAUUUAGCUCUCUUCCUGUUGUGUCACAAUCAGACCCCCUACUGCAGGGUAAAUGGAAUACUGUAUCACUUGACAGGAGUCGCAUGCCAGGAAACUUGUCACAUGAUCAGCAUGCCCUUGAGGAUUUCCGUCAGAGAAUAUCUGGGAAAAAUGAAGCUCACCGCAAUAACUUAUCUUCGGAAGGUCUUGCUAUUGGUCAAACUGGUUCUUCUGGGAUCCCAGAAAUGCCCCCAAAUUCCAGUGGGGAAACAUUUAAACUUUCCAAUGGAAAAGAUCACCGGUUUAGGAAUCAGCAGAGAUGGCUUCUGUUCUUACAGCAUGCUCGUCGAUGUGCUGCACCUGAAGGAACAUGUUUGGAAUUUCAUUGCAGUAUUGUGCAAGAAUUGUGGAGACACAUGAAAAGAUGCAAUUCAUCUCAAUGCCAAUAUCUUCGUUGCCAACGCACCAAGACAUUGAUUCUGCAUCAUAGGCAUUGCAGGGACCCUGUUUGCCCGGUUUGUGUUCCUGUCAAUAAUUAUAUCCAGACACAAUUCAAGGCACGUGCCCUUUCGGGCGCUGAUUCUAACAUCCCCAGUUCUAAUGGAUGUGCUAGAUCAUAUGAUCCUGGAGACAAUUCAGCUAGGCCAAUUUCACAAACACCAUCAAUGAUUGAAAAGUUUGAAGAUCAUCAGACAUCCUUAAAACGCAUUAAGGUAGAUCAGUCCUCCCAAUCUCUUAUAUCUGAUAGUGAAAAACCUGCAGUAUUAGCUCCAGCAAUCAGUGAACCUCAUCUAUCACAGGAUCUUCAGUGCCAAGAUUAUCAGAAUGGUGAUAUACCUGUCAAAUCUGAGUUAAUGGAAGCGAAUAUGGAAGUGCCUGUUGGUUCUGGUCAAGGGAGUUCUCAUAUCAGUGAGAUCAACAAGCAAAAUGCAUCUGAUAUUGGAAAUAAGAGGCUUGACUCUCACCCUAUUGUUUGCAAGGAGCCUUCUGGUGUGGCUAUUAAGCAAGAGAGCAUCAAAGUGGAGAGAGAGACUGAACAACCUAAGCAAGAAAAUGCCACUCAGCCAGCUGAAAAUGCUGCUGGAACAAAAUCUGGGAAGAACAAAAUAAAAGGAGUUUCGUUGACAGAACUGUUCACUCCAGAGCAAGUUAGGGAGCAUAUCACAGGCCUUCGGCAGUGGGUUGGCCAGAGUAAAGCGAAGGCAGAAAAGAAUCAAGCUAUGGAGCAUUCUAUGAGCGACAACUCUUGUCAAUUAUGUGCUGUUGAGAACCUUACUUUUGAACCACCACCUAUCUAUUGUACACCAUGUGGUGCACGCAUUAAACGAAAUGCAAUGUACUAUACAAUGGGAGCUGGUGAUACACGUCAUUAUUUCUGUAUCCCAUGCUAUAAUGAGGCUCGUGGGGAUGCUAUUGUUGUUGAUGGCACUGCCAUUCCAAAGGCAAGGCUCGAGAAGAAGAAAAAUGAUGAGGAGACAGAAGAAUGGUGGGUUCAAUGUGAUAAGUGUGAAGCUUGGCAGCACCAAAUAUGUGGUUUGUUUAAUGGCCGAAGGAAUGACGGUGGCCAAGCUGAAUAUACCUGUCCUAAUUGCUAUAUGGUAGAGGUUGAAAGAGGAGAGCGUAAGCCCUUACCGCAGAGUGCCGUUCUUGGGGCAAAAGAUUUACCAAGAACAGUCCUUAGUGACCAAAUAGAACAGAGAUUAUUCAGAAGGCUGAAGCAAGAACGACAAGAGAGGGCGAGGCGUGAAGGGAAAAGUUUUGAUGAGGUUAUUGGAGUAGAAGCACUUGUGGUUCGGGUUGUUUCAUCGGUUGACAAAAAACUGGAAGUAAAGCAGCGAUUCCUUGAAAUUUUUCGAGAAGAGAAUUACCCAACAGAGUUCCCCUAUAAAUCCAAGGUAAUUUUGUUGUUUCAGAAAAUUGAAGGUGUGGAAGUAUGCCUGUUUGGCAUGUAUGUUCAAGAAUUUGGAUCCGAAUGUGCUUUUCCAAAUCAACGUCGUGUUUAUCUUUCAUACCUAGAUUCUGUCAAGUACUUUAGACCUGAGAUCAAAGCAGUGACUGGGGAGGCUCUCCGUACUUUUGUAUAUCAUGAAAUUCUGAUUGGAUACCUGGAGUACUGCAAGAAACGGGGAUUUAGUAGUUGCUAUAUAUGGUCUUGCCCCCCUUUAAAGGGUGAAGAUUAUAUAUUAUAUUGCCAUCCUGAAAUUCAGAAGACACCAAAAUUUGAUAAACUUCGAGAAUGGUACUUGGCAAUGUUAAGAAAAGCUGCAAAGGAAAAUGUUGUCGUUGAUCUCACCAAUUUAUAUGACCAUUUCUUUGUAUCUACUGGUGAAUGUAAGGCUAAGGUAACAGCAGCUAGGCUACCAUAUUUUGAUGGUGACUAUUGGCCUGGUGCUGCGGAUGAUUUAAUUUAUCAGAUGCAUCAAGAAGAAGAUGGCCAAAAACAGAAUAAGAAAGGGACCAAGAAAACUAUAACAAAAAGGGCUCUAAAAGCAUCUGGUCAGUCUGAUCUUUCAGGAAAUGCGUCAAAGGAUCUACUGCUGAUGCAUAAGCUUGGCGAGGCUAUUUCUCCCAUGAAGGAAGAUUUUAUCAUGGUUCAUUUGCAGCAUUGCUGUAACCAUUGUUGUCUUCUUAUGGUAUCUGGAACUCGUUGGGUUUGCAACCAGUGCAAAAACUUUCAGAUGUGUGAGAAGUGUUAUGAUGCAGAACAAAGGCGUGAAGAAAGAGAGAGACAUCCUGUCAAUCAGAGGGAGAAACAUGUAUUCUAUCCAGUGGAGAUAACUGAUGUACCUGCUGAUACAAAGGAUAAAGAUGAGAUUCUUGAAAGCGAAUUCUUUGACACCAGACAGGCAUUUCUAAGUCUCUGUCAAGGAAACCACUAUCAGUAUGAUACCUUACGGCGAGCUAAACAUUCAUCAAUGAUGGUCCUUUACCAUCUUCACAAUCCAACUGCUCCAGCUUUCGUGACUACAUGCAAUGUAUGCCAUCUUGACAUUGAGACUGGCCAAGGUUGGCGCUGUGAAGUUUGCCCUGAUUAUGAUGUAUGCAAUGCUUGUUACCAAAAGGAUGGAGGCAUCGAUCAUCCUCAUAAGUUGACAAAUCAUCCAUCCAUGGCUGAGCGUGAUGCUCAAAAUAAAGAAGCUAGGCAGAUGCGUGUUGUACAGCUUAGGAAAAUGCUUGAUCUUCUGGUGCACGCAUCUCAGUGUCGUUCUCCACAUUGCCAAUAUCCAAAUUGUCGUAAGGUGAAGGGGCUUUUCCGGCACGGGAUACAAUGCAGGAUACGAGCAUCUGGAGGAUGUGUUCUUUGUAAGAAAAUGUGGUAUCUAUUGCAACUUCAUGCAAGGGCGUGCAAAGAAUCUGAUUGCCACGUGCCGCGUUGCAGAGAUCUAAAAGAACAUUUAAGGAGGCUGCAGCAGCAAUCUGAUUCUCGCCGAAGGGCUGCUGUGAUGGAGAUGAUGAGACAGAGAGCCGCGGAGGUUGCCAAUACUGGUUAAAACUGAUUGUAAAUAUAAUAUGGUUCUUUUGAAGGAACGCGUCAAGAAAGGAGAUUAGAAAUUAGUUUUGUGCUGCUCCACUGGAACACUGUCGGGACGGAGGCAGUGAUAGGAGAAGUUGUUAUCCAGAAAAAGGGUGGCGGAUGAUAGUACAGCAGAUUGGUUUCAAAACACAGUAGUCGAGGAACGAUUCUUUCAUUUUUCUCUAUCGCCAUGAUUGAAAGUUCAAAGGAGUUUUAUUCACCGGACUGCUCUCACUUUGUCAACACUCAACGGUAGUUACUUGGGUGGGGAAUUUUGUAAUACUGGUGUGUUAGUCCAUCCCCUGAUUUGGUGAUUCUUUGAUAUCAUAUCCUCAAUGUAUUCUGUUAAACACCAUCCGUGGUGGCCAGUGAGUGUACUAUAAUUGGGUCUAAUUUGUCAACAAAUAUUUCUCGCAAGAGGAAUAUGGGAAGGAGGAUAGCUUGGAAUCCCCCAGCCCCCCCCCCCCCCCCCCCCCCCCCCCGCCGGUUGUAGAUCGUGUUGGUAUAAAUGAAAUGUCCCAAGUAGUGUUUAAGACGACUCCGGUGAUUUCUAUCUGUUUCUUUCUGCAUAUAAGAUUUAUUGAUAUUGUCAGGAACAUUUUCUUAUGUAAAUGUCAAAAGAUGCAUUUUUUUUUCGCAA